GUGAGACGCUGAAAACUUGAGGAACACACUGAUGAAGAUGCUUCAACUUACAGUGUUGCAAUGGCCAGCAUGUAUCCCGGCUGCACCAGCUGGGAGGGGCUUUUGAACCGGUACUACCUCCCAGUCUCCUACAGCAUCAUCUGUGUCGUGGGCCUGCUGGGAAACAUGAUCUCCAUCAGUAUUUACCUGACCAAGCUCCGCCCCUGGAAGAGCAGCAGCAUCAUCAUGGUCAACCUGGCGCUCAGUGACCUCCUCUACGUCCUCACCAUGCCUUUCCUGGUCCACUACUACGCCAACGGGGACUCGUGGAUCCUCGGAGACUUCCUGUGCCGCUUUGUGCGCUUCGCUUUCCAUUUCCAUCUUUAUGGCAGUGUCCUACUCCUGUCCUGUAUGGCCGUCUUUCGAUACAUGGCGGUGAUCUGGCCGUUGAGGGGAGUCCAGCUGCAGCGGAGGGUUUGGGGCGUCACGGCGUGCUCGGUGGUCUGGAUCCUGGCCGCUGCCGAGGUCACUCCCAUGCUYGCCCUGAUCUCCCUACGCCACGAGGACAACAACACGCACUGCUUGGACUUUGCCAGCACCAGGCCAGUCAGCGCCGUGCGGGAGUACGUCUGGGUUCUCACUGCGCUCGGUUAUGUUCUGCCUCUGGUCCUGGUUCUGGUUUGUUACGUUGGUAUCGUGAAGCAGCUGACCACAGGGCCCGACCCCAGCAGCUCCUGCCGGAUGCGAGCUCGGUGCGUGACGGUGCUCAUCCUGGUGGUUUUUGUCCUAUGCUUCCUGCCGUAUCACAUCCUGCGUGUGCUGUGGGUGGAAGCUCAGAACGCUAUGAUGACGGCGUGUGCUGCGAACACGGUGCAGGCGGCGUACAUCAUCUCCCGCCCUCUGGCAGGACUCAACACCUUCUUUAAUCUAGCUUUGUACACGCUCUCAGGGGACAGGUUCCGCAGGGCCUUCCUGGGAACGUUCCAGUGUCAAAACUGGGUCAGCAAAGCCAGGCUACUGCUGCGCUUAUCUGCCAGGACCAAGUCAGGGAGUGACACACCUGCUGCAUGACUGACAACAGCUUAAAUAUCAUGGCAACACACAUCAGAGCUUCUCUUUAAUCAGGUCUCAUUCAGGACAUAAUUUACUGAUGU